AUGGCGCCGACGCUGAGCGACAGGAUCAGGCAGGACGAUGAGUCAGGGAAGAAUGCUCUGCAUUAUGCCGUGCAUGGCAAUCCAAAAACAGUUCAAUUCCUUCUUGAGCAUCAGAUUGACCCAGACGCCAUGGAUAAGAAUGGAAUGACCCCUCUAUACUAUGCUGUGAACGGCCUCAAAGUUCCUCAACCAGGUGAUAGGCGGGUCACUUCCUACAUUCAGAUUAUCAAGUUACUGAUAGAUGCUGGGGCCGACCCAUGGCUUCCCUGCAGGGGUCGAACACCUUUGGUGGACGCUCUCUUGUGCGAAGAACCUAUAAGGAUUGUGACGCUCAUGCUUCCAGAGCUCUUGGUCGUACGACACAACAUUCAGGGACAUAGCAGGACUAUGAUUGAGUCUGUGAUCGAGACAUGUAUAUAA